GUUGUCCUUUUCAUUUUCAUGAGUUUUGAACUCUCAUGAUAACAUGAUCAAAAGGGUGACCGGAUGAUGUUUACCCUUGAGACGAAAGAGGGUGACCGGAUGAUGUUUGAUUUCACACUUUAGAACCUUACACAAUUUUUCUACUUUUGGGCCAAGCUUUUCAUAGAGUGCUCAAACUUAAAAAGACUCUUUUUUUCUGCCUUCCAUUCUAGUAAAAUCUUUGGGUAAGUGGUGGGAACAGGAUUAAAUCCACCCUGUAUUUCUGUGUCUGAAGACGACAGCGGAGACUACCAAGUGUUCCGUUCCAUUCAGUUCCGGAUCUAUUCUUUCUUCCUUCUUUUGUGUGUCGGGAACUAACAUGGUUGGUUGUAUUGCACUCCCUUAAUAGUAACAGUAAUUCAUAUGCAUCAGCAGCAGCGUUCAUUUGUGGCUGCCGCAAAAUCUCAUCUUUCUUUUGAGCUUUCUCUGAUAUUGGAGAAAGUAGUAGCACAAUGUGAUCCUUGCUUCUGUUUAACCUGCCCCGACAGUUCAGACUUGAUUGUCUCCUGGCUUCUUUUGAUUUGAUUAUCCCAAUUCCCAAAGCCUAGACGCAUACUACAGUCGCCGCCGGAAAACAAGAAAGAAGAUAACAGGAGGAUGUUGCCUUCUUCUUCUACCUCCUCCUCCUCUGGUGAUCAGCAGAAAAUGCCCCUUCGCUCCAUGCUAGCCACCAGGCUUACCCGCCUCAAUAUCCCAUCAUCUACUCCUGCUGCUGCUGAUCCGGACCUCGAUUUCUCCGAACUCUUUGGCCCUGUGAUGCUUCCCACUUCCUCCUCCUCCCCCUCCGCUGCCCCUAUCUUACUGGGCGAGCCGCAAGUCAUUCGUAACCGCUCCCAUUCCUUCGUGGGCCCUUCUCCAAGAUUCACCUCCUCAAAGUCCCUACCUUUUCUCCAACAGGAAUUUCAGCUCGAUGACUCUGAUGACGAGGACGAUGAAAGUGGAAAAAUUGAAGAGGUCAGCGGUGGACCAGGGCCUCAAGAGGAUCAUCUCAAUACUAGUAACAAUACUACUGCUGCUGCUGCUACUCAGGAGGAGGAGGAGGAGGAGAAAAAACAAGUGAUGAAGAAGAUUGGGCCGGGGGACUUCGAAAUAUUGAGGGUCAUUGGAAAGGGUGCAUUUGGGAAGGUUUUUCAGGUUAGAAUGAACAGGGGUGUAGUUAUCAACGGUGAUGGGAUUUUCGCAAUGAAAGUCAUGAGGAAGGAAACUAUUAUCAAGAAUAAUCACGUGGAUUACAUGAGGGCUGAGAGGGAUAUUCUCACCAAAGUUGUGCAUCCUUUCAUUGUUCAGCUUAGAUACUCUUUUCAGACAAAAUCUAAGCUUUACCUAAUCUUGGAUUUUAUAAAUGGAGGACAUCUUUUCUAUCAUCUCUACAGACAGGGGAUCUUCAGUGAGGACCAGGCAAGGGUUUAUACAGCUGAGAUAGUAUCUGCCGUUUCACACCUUCACCAGAGUGGAAUUGUUCAUCGAGACCUUAAACCUGAAAACAUUCUGAUGAAUGCUGAUGGGCAUGUGAUGCUCACUGAUUUUGGACUUGCCAAGGAGAUUGAUGAAUCAAGUCGAUCCAAUUCCAUGUGUGGGACAACAGAAUACAUGGCUCCAGAAAUCUUACUGGCCAAAGGCCAUAAUAAAGCUGCAGAUUGGUGGAGCGUGGGGAUACUUUUGUAUGAAAUGCUCACUGGAAAGCCACCAUAUGUCCAUUCGAGCAGAAAGAAGCUUCAGGAGAGAAUCAUCAAUGAAAAGUUGAAGCUUCCACCUCGCUUGAGUAGCGAAGCUCAUUCUUUGCUCAAAGGAUUGCUACAGAAAGACCCAUCCAAAAGAUUGGGCAGCGGGCUCAGGGGAGGAGAUGAAAUCAAGUCUCAUAAAUGGUUUCGGUCAAUCAACUGGAAGAAAUUGGAAGGCAGAGAACUUCAGCCUAAGUUCAAGCCAGAUGUGAGUGGCAAGGAUUGCACUGCAAAUUUUGAUAGAUGUUGGACGACAAUGCCUCCAGAUGAUUCACCAGCUGCCACCCCUACAUCAGGCGAGCUCUUUCAAGGGUACACUUAUGUAGCACCCAACCCGUGGCUGUCUUCUCAAUGAACCAAAGCUUACUAAAGAAUUCGAAGAAAGCCUUGGAAACUGUCUCACCUUAUUUCUCUUUCGAUGCAAUGCGACAUAAAGAUGACUGGUCUGUCUAUCUAUCUUGUUAGCUGUAUCUUGUUGGACCCUGCAAUAUUGGUGCCAUGAAAAUUCUUGUGCACAAAACCUACUUUUUUUUUUAAGGAAAGAACCAAAAGGACAACAACAAAAAAAGGUACAUCAGGCGGAAAAGUACAUGUUUUUUGGGGUAACUCUUAGUAAUAAUAGUACUAGUAGUGUUUGGAUAGUGUUAUUUGAACUAUUAUUUGGAAUAAUCAGUGUAACAUAUAUUUUUUUUUAUAAAGAUUUUUUUUUUUGAAAGUUUAAAAGUCCAUUAUUGGCAUGAGAAAAUUCUUUUAAACGGUAUUACAGAAAAAGAGAGGCAUGCAGAUGAUGCAGGUACCCAAGCCUCAAAAGUACAAUCAUUUUCGUCCUUCUGAAACUUUGCUUCUUGCAUUUCAUGCUUGAAGAUGAUCGAUGAUUGAUACAAAAAUCAAAGCAAGUCUGCUGCUCCUCCAAAUGCUUUGCUUUGGCACAUUGGGACCAACUCCAUAAAUCAACUUUAACUUGCUCUAAGUUGUCAAGUUUUCUACUUUUCUUAAAGAUAUACUAUAAAUUAUAAGCCAGAUAUAGUGGACCCUUUCUGCAAAUGGUAGUCCCGUCCCGGAUGGGAUAACGCAGAAUAGAUUAUCCGAUAGCACCACCGACCGGCCCUACCAACCACUGUUGUUGUCAGUACAAAGUUAACGAUGAUGACUCAUCCACCGCCCCAUCAAUCAUCCACUUUCAUUCAUGAUUUGAUUCAUUCAAGAUAUCAUUCACCCGGAAAUCUCUCCUCUUAUCCCAAUCGCAUCCGGAAAGAAGAGAAGAUUGAUUUAUGCAACAACACCCAAGAAAACUUUGUGAUGUUUUCUCUUCUUCUCCAUGAAGAAAGCCAAAACCACUCGCUCAGCUUACUUGAAAGCAGCACCAUCCCCAGCAAGCAACAACAAACAAAAGCAGCAGGCAAAUAAUCCAGAAUCUAAAACAGUAGCAGUAUUAGCUAGCAUAAAGACCUCAAGUCUUAAUCAAGGGAUGCCACAUUUAUGGUCUGUACAAAACAAAAAGGUCCAACUCUACCUCAUCAUGUAAUUUACCUAAUCUACGUCCUAAAAACAACAAUCCCCUUCCC